AUACUGUUUUCUCUUCUUAAAAAAUGUUUUAAUAUUGACACUUCCUAAAUAUUUUUCCAGGCACAAUACUUUAUUCCCCUAUAUGGACCUACCACCCAAUAAAUAUGUACCUCUUACAUUAGUAGAGUAAAAUAAAAACAAAAACAAAUAUGGAACAUUAAAUAUGCCAAAUUAUCAUUUUUUCUUUUUUUGUAGGGUCUAUUCUGGGUUGUCGCACGAUGAGCUCUGUACCCUUGAGUCUACUAAUUUAAUAGAUGAGUUUGAGCAAUCUUUGAAAAGUAUGGAGGACUAUAAAUCAGCCAUUGAUCACAUAUUCCUGUGCUGUCCACAACUGGAACAUUACUUGAAAAAAUUUGUAGUACCAGCACCCGGGGACUGGCCAACUUGGUUUUAUCAAAAGAAACUCAUUGCUCAAGAAGUCAAUGCAGAUGCCAGUUUCCUAUCAGUCAUCCCAGAGCAGGGCCCAUUUCAUGUUUUCCUGAAUCUACAAGAAGAUGUUGUAACAAUUUAUGACUUCUUAUUUAAAAAAGUAUACAAAGAGACAUUUGGAUCUGACUUACCCAACAAGCCAAAGCCUUUUCGCGUCAGCCUGGUAAUAACUGCUGUUUUUCUGGCGUGGGGCAAAUUACGUGAUAAAGUUCUACUAAAAUUCAAGCUCUGCAAAGACAUAGAGUAUGCUUCCAUUCUGUUUCUUUUAGAUGAGGUGGUCCCCAUAUCAUUCUUCCACUAUCCUGUUACAUUCAGGUCUGGAGACAUGGAAUCAUAUAUAACAAUGAUGUUAAAGUUAUCUCUACUGUUUAUAAUCUGGAAAAGGCAUCAUUAUGACAGAUCAACACUCUCGAUGCUUAGUGACUUUUCUUUUCACAAACAACAUUUUUCACAGUACCAUGAACUUAAAAAGAAAUGGAUGGCUCUAAUAACUGAAAAGAAAGUUGAAAUCUGGCAUAGUGUGCUACGCAGCUUCAUUUCAAUUUAUGACAGUGCUAGUCAAAUUAGGGACAAAGCCCUGUCAUUUGCUGCAUCAAAGACAGAACAGCUCUUUCAUAACUAUUUAACAACACCAUACAGUAGAGGUUAUUCUGAAAAAGACCUAAGUUUGGUGACUGGUACAGCUGCUAAUGCAUUACUGAAAAUCAUCAAGCAAGUUGGUCAAAAUCUGGGAAAAGCAAAGCAGGUUCCACAAGAAACAAAUGCAAGAGGGCAGCCUAAAGGAGACAUGAAAUUUUUUCUUCCUACCUUUGACACCACCAUUACUUCAAAAGCAAUGCCCCUUGGCUACUCAAUUGUAAAAGAAGACCCUUCCACAAUACCUGAUCCUAAAUUAAUCUGUGACUACAAAAACUGCACGCAAUUAUCAACAACCAAUGUCAAUCGCCUUAACUGUUUUCACACAUUUCACAAUUUUUAUUUAGAAGAAGCUGGAGACCAGUGUCCAAUCUGUUCCCCUCACCUUGCUGAAAAAAUUGCAGAAAUCUGUUCAGCAUUUAAUGAAAGCUUGUUGAAACCAACAGCAAAAUCUACUAGAACCCCACAAAGCAAUCAAGAACCUGGUAGUAAUGAUGAGAAUGACAGCAUUAAUGUCAAAAAGAAAUUGUGACCCUGAAUACUAUGACUCUGCACAAUGGGAAUCCCACAUUGACAGGGAGUUAAAUUCAUUUGUUGUUGCACAACCACAACUGCGACACAAUGUUCCCAAUCACCAGGCUGCACCUUUACAGGCAAUUGACAUCCAAGUUACCACUCAUCCAGUUGGUUCAUCUACAUUUUGGUUCUUUCCUCCUUACAUAUCUCAAUCAACUCUACUUGGAAGAAAUGGAUCUAAUGCAUGUACUUUUAUCUCACUAAUUUUGGCCUAUUCAUAUAUCACUUCUGCAAACCGAACCAGUAUACAGCUCAGCCGUGGUCCUCCCAUAAACCCUCAUUGGCUUUCAAUGAUGUUAUCUGCAAUUGUUCGUGGCAACAGCAUAUAUGACACUGUGACAAAUGGUUGCGGGUCUCCAUUCUUUAGUGUUGUUGAGGCAAAACCACAUCUAGAUUCAGUCAUUGGGACUGUUUCUCUUGAAGACACUCUCGAUCUGUCAAUUACAUCAGCUAAUCCACAGGUUCCUCAAAGUUCACUUGCAUUUUAUCUGCAAAGGCUUGAUCGCGACCAGAACUUAGCAGCAAUAGUCAUAGCUAAUGGAAUGACAAUAUCUCUCGUCGGACACGAUUCAAAGAUCUAUGUUCUAGAUAGCCAUCUACACUAUGCACACGGCCAUAACUUUGGAGCGAUGAUCGGAAUGAGUCCCAAGGCUGACUUGGAAGAAUUCCUCAGGAAUAUAAAGAAACUAAUCUCGCC